AUGUCGGUAGUGUUGAGACGAACAGGCUCAAACAAACGCCAUACGUGGCCACGGACAAAGGUCGACCAGCUCGAAACGAUACCAGAAUCACCACAGACUCUUUCAAGCUCAAAGUUUACCGCUCAAGAGGCGGCUCGGGAUCAAAGGGCAAAAGAUGAACGUCGCUCAGUGGUAUUAGACACCAAAUCAGAUAAAUUUAGCGCGGAAUCUGCCUCGUCCGUCGACAUACAAGCACAGAUGAUCUGGUAUAGCCAUCGCCUCGAAGAAUCGUUACAUGACCGUCAGAGGUUGACCACCAGGAUCAAAGAGCUAGAAGCAGUCUGCAAAAAUCAGGCCAAGGCACAGGAUACUGUGCUGAAAGAUGUCAAAGUUUGGCGGCAAAAUUAUGGUAUUGUGGAGGCUGAACUUGUCGAAGCUGCUCAGGAGAUUGUUGAAGUCAGGGAAUAUGUGAGGGCUCUCGAAACUUCGAAUGCGAACCUGCGAUAUGCUCUGAGUCAAGCCAGGGAAGAGCAGGAAUGCUCACAUCGGACGAGUUGGUGCGGUAGGAUACGGAGGUGCCUGCAGAGAUGCUGGAGUUUUCCACAAAGAUUCCAAGCUGCUGUACACGGCCCGAAGAAGAAUGACAAACGCGUGAAACCUCAUAAAUCAUCACUGCUACAGCCAGAAUCCAGACUUCUAACACCACAUUCGAAUUCGAGCAGAACGAGUAUUCCAGAGUCAGGUAGGUGCUCGCGCAUGGGUGCUCAUCCAGUCACAAUUGUUCCCGACUCUUCACCGUUACGAUCCCUGGUGAACGGCGAGAAAGGUUGA